AGUAACGCCCAUCAACAGACCCUUUCAGCUCUUACAACACCAUCCCAACCUCUAUGGCUCUUGCCGAGUUUUAUCCCGCCGUCAGACAGGAGCCCCAGCAACUUUUUAGGAAUCCCUGAGAUGAACCUCAGUCUGCUAAGCUUCACUUGGGACAACCUAUGUGGGACUUGUCUCAUCAACCUUUUUAUCCUUACACACCACACGGGACGGCCUGAUGAGAAAAUACUGUGUAAACGUACCCUGCCGUAUAUGCUUCUCGAUGUUGUCUGCGUGUCCAAAAAACCGUCGCAAUCCGCGGAGGCUGUUUUCAGCCUGGAACUCCUUGCUGGUCAUCGCCGAUUACGCUACCUGUUGGGCAAGAGCAUGGGCUUAUUGAGAUGCAGCAACUGGAAGCUUCUUAAAGUGUCGCGCCUCGGUCCAUCCAUGCAAGGGAAAGGCAUGUGCUUGAAGUUGAGUACUAUGUAUAUCCGUCCCGUCACCCUCGGCGUGGGUUUUCCGUGCUUCCUGCAAUCGAGGAUUGUGAUCGUUUGGUCUCCAAAACUGGAUUCACCAACAACUCACGAGUCCAGCGCAAUAUGGGAGCGACUCCGACAUACUAUAUGUGUGUACGGAGUACGGUGCACAUGUAUCAGAGCUAUGGGAACCGCGUCCACAUCCUCCCUUGGACAGGACCAAUCAGCAUCCGUCAGCAUGGGUCGUUGAUGCUUGGGCGCGUACUCCACCCGUACCGCUUUUUCUCAAACCCAGGGCUUUCUCGAAUCGGGGGUCCACUGUGGUAUAUCUUCUGCAUUAACCGUAUCACGACGUUGGACCGGGAAUAUCCUUCCCCCUACACCACUGACCAACUCGGACACAGCUUCUGCACUCUGGUGCUUACCACAGGCACACAAAGACCAACAACCCGUGCCACAGUACGGAUUCCAUUAUUCUCACGCUUCUGCAGUCCUGUCCUCAGAACCUCCGCCCACACCUUGCA